UUAUAUGUAAGAAAAAUAAUACAUCUAUUACUGUGAUCUGUUUGAAAAAUGGUUUCAAUUUAAUCUUAAAAACAUAAAAUACAGUUAUGUACUUACAUAUUCAUAUGUAUGUAUAAAUGUGUAGUGAUCAAGAGAAAUAUAAUUAUUGUAAUGUUUUAAAAGACAUACGUAAAAUAUUUAAUCAAGUCCCGAAACAAAUUGGUGAAAUCUUUUAAAAACAUAUAGAUAACCUCAAUGUUUGACGAAGAGUUUCUUUUAUUCUAUUAAUAUUUAAAAUGGAUUUUCGAUAUUUGAUAUUAUUCUUUUCUAUUUCAAUAACAUCAUCAAGCAGCAGUGAUAUAACAUUCGCGAUAUUCGGGAAUUUCCUCGAUGGACUACCAGCAGCUUUUGGUGACUUUGACUCUGAUGAAUUAACAGAUGUAUUUGUAUUAACAAAAGAUUUAAAGACACUUCAAAUUCUUCGUGCUUCGGAUCAAGAACCAUUAUUACAACUUACAAAUCUCACUUGUUCAUUCAAAAAUAUUAUUACAAGUGUAGUUCCUGGAGAUUAUGAUGGAGAUGUUUUCAUGGAUGUUUUGGUAACAACUCAUAACCAGGAAGACAAUUUAACUCAUGUCCACUUAUUAUGGGGUGGUAUUGAUAGCCUUAAUUGCUCUAAUGAAUCAACACCAUUUAUUAAAAUGCACGGUCAGCCAUUAGCCGUUGAUUACAAUCAAGAUAUGGUGAUUGACUUAUUUGGUUUAAAUGAAAAGAAUGAAAGAACAUUUUGGAUUAAUCAUAAUAGAAGUAUACCUUAUACAAUUCUAAUGGAUUCGCAAAAAAUUAAUUCACCACUUAUCAAAAGUCCACAUUCUAAUGCCUUUUUAGAUUUAAAUGGAGAUUAUUUACCAGAUCUAAUGAUUACGACAGAAAAUGAUUUUGAAGUUUGGCUUGGAUCAUCUGAAGGAUUUAAAUUUAAUCAACGAAUUUCAUGGCCACCAGGAAUUACUUCAUUUAGUACUGGACAUGUUGGACAAGCAUUAUAUCUUGAUGUUGAAUUAAAAGGUAAACUGGAUUUAGUAGUGCCAAUUUGUUAUGAUAAUCAAUGCACAAACUGUACAAUUGCUGUUUAUAAUAAUAAUGGAUGGCAUGAUUUACAUGUCGAUUUCAAAGAUAAAGAUAAUGUUAAUUGGGGUUUUGUAACGCCAAACAGCAAAAAGAAUAUUGUUUAUGUUGAUGCUAUUACUUUACAUGGGGGAGACUUCAACAUGGAUGGAUAUCCAGAUUUAUUAGCAACUUUAAAAUCAACAAAAUCAUUAAAAAUGGAAUCAUUCUUACUAUUAAAUGUACCAUGUACAACUUGUGAAAAUAUAAAUCGUACUUUUGAAAUACAUUGGAAUGCAUUGAAUCCAUUUAGAAAUCAAACAGUAAUGGCUGUAUUUUAUGAUUUUUAUCAAGAUGGAAUUCUCGAUGUAAUGUUAGUGGAAUAUAAUGAGACUACAAAUCGAUAUCGUACUGGAGCAUUUAAAAAUAGUCUUGAUUAUGAUGCUAAUUUUGUUAAAGUAAUGGUUCUUACGGGACUUGUAAAUAGAAAAUAUCCUAUUUCACCGGGAAGUUUGGGUAAAAAAAAGAGAACUUAUGGAACAAAUUUACCAGGACCAUCAAUUGCUUAUAAAACUACUACUCAAGAUGGAAGUCCUAGAAGUGGUACUGCAGCCCAAAUUCCACAAAGUGCACAUUUUUCUCUAAAUUUGCCUUAUACUACAUUUGGACUUGGUCGAACUCCUAAUUUUAUCGAUAUGCUUACAAUUGGGGUUGCAGGUAAGUCAAGAGAGUGGCCACAAAUUAUUCCAAACUCACAAAUGGUCGUAAUUCCAAAUCCAAUUACUGAAUCGUCGAGAUGGAAAGCCCAAUUAUUUGUGACACCAAGUAAACUAAUAUUGUUGAGUGCUGCUGCUCUUAUGGGGACAUGCGGUUUAAUAACUACUAUCAUUAUUGGUUUAUAUUGGAAAGAAAGACGCGAAGAUAAAAUAGAAAGACUACAAGAAGCACAUAGAUUUCAUUUCGACGCUAUGUGAUGUUCUUUUAUUAAGUUUUUUUAAAAAAUUAUUUUCAUUAUUAUUAUAAUUAUUAAUUAAUUUAUUUAUUAAUUGAUUAUUUAAGUAAUUGUUAUUCUAUAAAGAUUGUAUUAUAAGAUAACUUUAUGAGAAUCAAUAGAUAAUUUGUCGUAAAAUUCAUAAUUUAUUGAUUAGUUUUGGACAGUUGCAUAUAAAAUAAGAUUCAUAAAUAUUUCACAGUUUUAUAAUCGUACAUUAGCACGCUUUACAUAAUAAAUAAUCUUUCCUGGAGUGUUUUUUUUUUGGUCAUUGUGCUUUAUGCACUAUGUAUAGUCAGUCGUAUCUCAAUUUACGGGAACAUGUUAUUGACAUCGAUCAUUCUUGAUGGCAGGGUUUAAGUCGUUAAAAUAAGGAUGUGCCAUUGCUUCAUCAGCUGAAAGCCUUAAUGCCGGAUUACAUACUAAUAAUCUCUAGAAAUCCAAAGAAAGAUUGAUUAUGCUUAAAAUCUAUUUUAUUAAUAUGUAAUUUUUUUAUUUAGAUUAAUAUUAAAUUGUAUAUUUGGAACGUACAUAAACUAUUAAAAAUUAAAA